GUUUACUUUCUUUAAAUAUCAGAUUCUGCUAUCAUUCUAAACCCAUUUUUCUUUUGUUUUUGCCUUAAUUACAGAAUCACAUCCAUAAACAACCUGGUUAGUGCAGAGAUAAAAUAUUUCAAAUCAAAUCAUUAGGAGCAGCCAACUCCGAACCAACAUAACCGUCCCAAAGCGCUAAAUUCCAACAUUUACUUACCAAUUCCCAAUUACCGGAUGACCGGAAUCCUCCUGAUUUUUCAUUUUUCAAAGCCUACCCAUUUACGUCAACUUUGAUUCCGUCCCAACCUUUGUUUCACUUUUCAAUCCUUUUAGGCUUUUGUUUAUAAACAACUUUACUCAUUAGGCCACCCAAACAGACCUUUUCUCACCCAAUAUUUACAACUUAAAAGCUCUGCCAGAACUCGCUUCAAUCACCGAAUUGAACCCAUUUCAGUUCACCAGUAGUAAUAAUCAUGGGUCAUGGGGAGAUCACUCUGUUCUACAAUAUUGGUUUGGUUCUGAUUGCGUUUUUUGUUUUCGUAUUCGGUAUCCUUCUCUUCUUUUCCUGCAAAAAGAAGCCAAUCAAAGCAGAGGAAACUCUGCCAGUUUCGGUUCCACCUUCUUCCAAGCUAUGCGCAACUUCAUACUCCUUGAUGGAUAUUGACGCUGCCACCGACGGAUUCAACACCAGAAGGAUCAUCGGAAAAGGAAGAUUAGGCACAGUUUACGCCGCGGUUAUGCCACGAGGCGAUUUAGUAGCCGUGAAAAGAAUCCACCCUCGUCUAGUUUUAACCAAUGCAGGAUUCGGGUUCUCAUCAUCGAUCAAGUCUUUAUCCUUAGCCGAUCAUCCUCACGUUGUUCCAAUCAUUGGGUAUUCAGAAGGCCCGGGAGAACGAAUAAUCGUCAUGGAAUAUGAAGGGAUGAUUAGUUUGGAAUUCUAUCUCCACCAUAAUUUAGAGGAUGGGGCGGUCCUGUUGGAUUGGAACCAACGAAUUAAGAUAGCUGCCGGUGUCGCGAGGGGAAUAGAGUACUUGCAUAAUGUACAAAUCGUUCAUGGUUGUAUCAAGCCGUCGAAUAUCUUGAUUGACGGGAAAUUUCGAGCUCGAAUCGGCGAUUACGGUUUGCAAUUUCUGGAGGCAGGGGAGAGGCAGGGGAUUUUGGGAUACGUUGACGAUGAAUAUUGGGUGAUGAGAAAAAAUGGAGCAUCUAAGGAAAAUGAUGUGUAUGGUUUGGGUGUGGUAUUGAUAGAGUUGUUGAGUGGUAGGAAAUGUGAGGAGGGAAUGAUAGUGAAUUGGGGUUUGCCUUUGAUUAAACAAAUGAAGUUUGAUGAGCUUUUAGACCAGAGGUUAGGAGUGCCUUCUGAUGUUAAACCCCUUGGUAGAUUAGCCAAAGUUGCUUUGGCUUGCGUUGGGAAUUCUAGGCCUAAUCGCCCUUCUAUUUCUCAAAUUGUCACCAUUUUGAACAAUGUCGAAUCGGAAUCACUGUAAUUCUUUUUUUAUAUUCUUACCAAAAAUUUUUGAGUUACAUUAUAGAGCUUAAUAAGUGUGAUCUUUCAAUUGUAUUGUGAAAUUUGAGUGGACAAGGAGGUUGAUGAAAACUAGAAAUAUGGGAGCAAAGAAUUGUGAAAUUUUGUCAUUGUUAGGAGACAGUUUGAAAUUCUUACGGAGGAAUUAUUAGAUUCCGCCUAUUAAGAAGAGGUCGGCCGGGGUUUUGUCCUGUGAGGAAAGACGGUGACAAUGAUCUAUAAACAUUAUUACGGGCGGAUGAAAUGGCUGAUCUCGCGCGUUAGUUUAAGUGAUGACUGAUGACUGAUGAGACUCGCGGGGCCCUUUGAGGAGAAAAAUACCAUUUUGUUGCGUGGACGUUGUUUCUUGCUUGGUUUGAUGUAGCUAGAUUUGCCAACCAUAUCGCAUAAUCAAUUAUAUGCAGAUAUGCCUAAUGAUUUGUUUGUUUUCACUGAUUAUAGAAGGGUUCUUUUUAGAAAUGUUUUCGCAUAACAAAAUGAGGCAUACUGGAAAGGAAAUACUCGUGGGGAGAGAUUUUGCAUGUGGACGCCUCUUACUCGGUGUUUGACUUAGUUUUUGAAGCAUCAUCUAGUUUUAACCAAUGCACCGGCUUUCAAAUCAUAAGAGGUUUACGAGGUCCUAAAUUUGAUAUGAGGAAGAACACACACUAUUCGUUUGAGAAGUAGUGAAAUACAUUUAUUGGCAAAUGUAUCUAGGCAGUGCGUGAACUACACAUGGGAGAAGAAAAAUUAAAAUAAUUGAGUUUGAAAAAAAGGAGUCCACACGCGUAUUUAUUAUGUAAAUCAUCAGUUUAAUUACGUGAUCAAAUGUUAUCCCUUGUUUUCCUUUUUUAAUUACGUGAAUUAAUUCGUCCAAAUUUCA